CUCGUUUUGUCAGACAUAUAUUUUCCGAUGAUUCAUACAUGCAUGUCACGUGAUUGAAUUAUCCUACACUGAUUGUAUCAUCUGGCUGUUUCAAAAAGUAAACAAAGUGUGGAACUGAACUACGUUGCUGUUCGUCCCACCGAUCCUCUCUUUCUCUGCUUUGCGUAUCUACAAUCGGUUCUAUCUCCUUAUUAUUUCUACUGACCCUCUACCCGAUUCUACCUUCAUGCCUACCAAACCCGACAACCCAAUCACCAAGCUCCGCGAGAAGUACUCGCCCCAAAAGCGCUCCCUGUCACCUUCCCGGGCCUCUUCGACGUCGGGCAUCCACAAACCAGCUCAGCGUAUCUCUCCGAAUAAAUCCAAUUACAAGGUGUUUGCGGUAUCGCCACAACGCGUCACCACGGCCAACCGCCCUAAGCUCGUGUUAGAACCGCUUCCCUAUAGCUUAUCGCCUGGCACGCACGGUCCUGAGGCCUGGCCGGUGUUAAAGCCAUCCAUGAGAGUGUCGCCGAUGCGGGGUCACCGGACCGUGGAUCUCAGCUCCAGUGGCUUUACCAGCGACGCGUCCGCGCCCAAGGUUAGGAAGUACAGUCCCAGUCGGUUGCCUGUGUUGACGAGAGGAAGCCCCGCAAAUAAAAGCUCUCCUGGCACGGGAAAAAAUGUGAAACGAGAGAGCUCUUCCCCGGCUAAAGCCCCAAAGCCAGAAUGGACCUCCAAUAUUGAUGCCGCCCUGUUAUGCGCAAAGACAAUUGUAUCUCCUGGAAACGAGCCUUCAGACGAAACAAAGGAGCGGGAAAUCAAGCUGGUGUUUGAGUCCAACGAUGACAAGACUGGUACUGCGGGAGUGUUUGACCAGUUGAACCAGGUGAAGCUUGACCAGCGAAAGACCCUUAUGGCCAAAACACCAGACGCUAAGCGUAAGCGCGACUCCCCUUUGUCCAGCCCUAAUGGCCAGGCCCUUAGUGAGAAGAAGCAGCGGAUUUUGAAGCAGGCAGAGGACAUCCUUAAACGACAGCGGCCAAAGGUCGAGUUUGACAAAGAAGUGGCGUACGACACAACGCUCAGCACUACCCGCCUUCCGGAUGUGUCCACCGGGGAGCUGGUUCCUGUGAGAGUGGUGACAGUGGGAGAAUAUGACCUGAUUUUGAAACGGUUGAAAGCGUUGGAGCGGGAAUGCAAACGCCUAGAUCAUGUCAGUGGGAAGUUAGUGCGUGAAUUGCACCAAAAGGGCCAGAACGAGGCACCGGCGGUCCGGCCUUCCAACGCGGAAUUGCGGAAGGAGAAUAUUAGAUGAGCAGUCGGUGUUGCCUUGAAGUUUUCGCUGAUUUUACGUGGACCUAUCAGAUUUUUAUACGCUUUAGGGGUUGUAUUGCGUGUGGAAUAUCCACGUAUACUGCCAUUUAGUGGCCAACGUGAGAGUCAUUCCUUUUGUACAUUCUUGAGGGGGGGCAAGGUCGCUACGCGUGCUGGCACGGUAGUACUUUACUAAACCACUUUUAUAGCCCCUUGCCAAAAUUGUAAAAGGCUUUGCGGAUGGCAAACCAGUUAACGGAUUGACCUCUGAUAUCGUUGCACUCAGAGACACGGAAUAAAA